GCCGCCCGGAGGAUUGAGGGAAGGGCGCCCGCCGCUGCCGGAAGGAGCGCGCGCUGCUUAACCUCGCGACCGGCGCUUGAGAACUGGGGAGCUGUCAUGGAGCGCUCUGAGCCGGACGCUGCCGACGACAACGCCAUGGACUCGUUCCUGGAAAAGUUCCAGAGCCAGCCUUACCGUGGCGGCUUCCACGAGGACCAGUGGGAGGAGGUGGGCGUCCCAGGGGGUCUCUGCGCGCGUUUGGGGUGGUCGUCCCGACCCCUGAGGCUCCCUGUCUUCUUUGCAGAACAGGCCAAAACCUAUAAGGAUGAAGGCAACGAUUACUUUAAAGAAAAAGACUACAAGAAAGCUGUGAUUUCGUACACGGAAGGUUUGAAGAAGAAAUGUGCAGAUCCUGAUUUGAAUGCUGUCCUUUAUACGAACCGGGCAGCAGCACAGUACUAUCUGGGCAAUUUUCGCUCUGCUCUCAAUGAUGUGACAGCUGCCAGAAAGUUGAAACCUUGCCACCUCAAAGCAAUAAUAAGAGGUGCCUUAUGCCAUCUGGAACUGAAACACUUUGCUGAGGCUGUGAACUGGUGCGAUGAGGGGCUGCAGAUAGAUGCCAAAGAGAAGAAGCUUCUGGAAGUGAGGGCCAAAGCAGACAAGCUGAAGCGAACUGAACAAAGGGAUAUGAGGAAGGCCAAGUUGAAAGAGAAGAAGGAACAGACUCAGAAUGAGGCUUUGCUGCAGGCCGUCAAGGCUAGGAACAUCAGGCUGGUUUCUGAAGCUGUGAAUCAGGAUGAAGAUUCGGCCUCAGAAGGCCCAGGGGAGAUUUUCCUGGAUGGACUCAGCUCUGAGAACCCCUACGGAGCCCGGCUGAGUUUAGAUGACCAGGGCAGGCUGAGCUGGCCUGUGCUCCUUCUGUAUCCCGAGCAUGCCCAGUCGGACUUCAUCUCUGCUUUUCACGAGGAUUCCAGGUUUAUUGACCACCUGAUGGUGAUGUUUGGUGAAACGCCCUCUUGGGACUUGGAGCAAAAAUACUGCCCUGCUAAUUUAGAGGUCUACUUUGAGGACGAGGACAGGGCAGAGCUCUACCGGGUACCUCCCAAGAGCACCCUGCUGCAGGUGCUGCAGCACCCGAGGUACUUUGUAAAAGCCCUGACACCAGCAUUUCUGGUGUUUGUUGGAUCCUCUCCAUUUUGCAAGAAUUACCUCCGAGGGAGGAAGGUGCACCAGGUCAAGUGACCCAGCCCGGCAGUGGAGCCAGGCGCCCUGGAUCUCUGUGCUCACCUUCCUCAGCCAGGAACUGGUUGCACCUGAAUCAGCCAGACACACGCUUCGAGGCCUGCGCUCUGUGUCUCUCGCCCUGGGGACAGUCCGUCCUGGCAUCGUGGUAGGGGUGGAGCUGCAGCCUCUCUGCCAAACUAUUGACAGAACUCUGUGCCUUGGUCCUGGCGUCCUUGGACUCCAUCUCUGAGGGGACCCUCUGCAGCAGUGGUCACGCCGCUGUGGAGACUGACUCAGGAUCCCGUGUUGAAGUACCACGACACCUCAGGGAAGCUGCCCCCCGAGCUGCCUGCAGGCCGCGAGACCUGGCCCUGAUCAUUUCUUGAGCACAGAGAAGGCUGUCUAGGGGCGCUGUGGAAGCCUUGGACUGAGAUGGGGCUGCCCCAUCUUUCUGCUCUAAAGACCGUAUGGACCAGGAUCCUUGGCACCCCUGGGAAGUGUGCCCAUUUCCCUGAUCUUUGCAGUGAAGAGAACUGGACAGACUUAAGCACUGGCCUCUGAGUUCCUGCCCAGCUUUUACAUUUUAGGAUUUUAUGUCUUUUAAGCUAAAAACCGUUUUGCCUGUG